UAUGUAAUAAAGGUAGGUAGGGAAGGGGUUAGCUUCUCCAAGUGUGUUCCAACAGAGAAAAAAUCAUUAGCAAUCAAAAGAAAAAAAAAAUACAGAGAGAAGAUUGGAAAUGGAAGAUCAAAUGGUAAAGGUUGUCGGAGAAAGAUUUUGUGUUCCUUACACCAUGGAACUUGUCGUAAAGAGGAAACUACAAUCAUUUUCUAAAUCACUUUACGAAGCUUUUGAUGCUACCGGAAAUUUUCUUCUCCAGGUCGACGGCGGUGUUUGGAAAUUUCAAAAGAAAAGGGUUAUGAAAGAUCCCGCCGGUUUGCCGGUUGCCACUUUGAGAGAAAAGCAGGCAUUGUCAUGGAAACAUCAAUGGAUGAUUCAUCAAGGUGAAAGCUCAGAGAGAAACCAUUUUCUUUGCACUGUGCAAAAAUCAAAUGCGCUUAGGAUCAAAAACAAUCUGGAUGUUUUCUUGGGGAAUCGGUACAAGGAUCAUGGCAGAGAUUUUCAUGUCACCGGAAGUUUUUCUUCGCUUUCCUUCAAAGUUAUAAGGGCUAAUACAGUCAUUGCCGAGGUUAGGCACAAUUUCACAUGGGGGAGCUGUAAGGGGAAAGAAAGUUUCAAGGUUAAAGUAUAUCCAGAGGUGGACUAUGCUUUCAUUGUAGCUUUGUUGGUGAUUAUGAACGAAAGUGACGGUCCAUAGUAUCUAAUGCUGUGUGAUUAGUAUCCCAGCACAAUUUUAUGGCACAUAUACAUAUAUCUAUGUACAAAACCCAAGGGAAAUUAACCUUAAUGUGAGUGCAUACGUUGCACAUAGUUUAGGGUGCCAGUUUUUUUUUCCUUAAUUUCUUUUGUAUUUAUUUUAUUCCAUCAAUUUGGGUUGGGUCUUUAA